AUGCUUGCGCAUCCCCUCGCGACUGCGCUGCGAGGUCGGGGAACGGUCGAAGUCGGUCGCGUUUCGCUGCGUGGUGGUGCUGCUGAUGCUCCUGCUCCUGAUGUGAGACUCGAUCUGCCUGAUGACCUUGACGAGGGAGAGGGACGAGGAGAUGACGAGGAAGAGGCAGAGGGAGAAGGGAAAUGUGGGACUCGCCGCCAGGGAACAGCAGCAGCAGCAGCAGCAGCAGUGGUGACGGGUCCUGGAUCGCCGGUUGCUGUGCGUGCUCGAGGCCGUGUGCAUGAGGAGGGAGGGGAUGAAGAUGGAGGAGAGGGGGAGGAAGAAGGAGAUGGCGACAAAGAAGAAGAGGAAGAAGAAGUGGUGGCGGAUGAGAAGAGGCGGAUCAAGUCUUGA